AUGCAGGUAUCGAGACCGACGCCAACGCGCCAUUUUGACCAUUAUGUUCAGCUGGAUGCCACUGGUCAGUACUGGCUAUUUUGGAAAACCAAUGACACUCACGUGACCUUUGAGACACACGUGAACACGCAGGGAUAUAUUGGAUUCGGGCUCUCUCCGAAUGGCAAAAUGUUCCCCGCUGAUGUCAUCGUGGGCGGAGUCAAGGACGGCCAAACCUACUUCAAGGACUAUCACACAAUUGAACAUGCUACACCGAUAGUUGACCAAUCACAAGACUGGUUUGUCAUUGCUGGCAAGGAAACUGCUUCCGGUACUGUCCUUACCUUUGUGCGCAAACUCAACACAUGUGACAGUGCUGAUGAUAUGGUUAUUACGGAUGACACAACCAGGAUUAUCUUCUCCUACCACCCAGACGACGUGACGAGUCAUAUCCCCUACCACGGCGCCACAAGGCGUGGAACAAAGAGCGUCAUGCUACUAUCUUCUUCUCUGACAGCCGAUGAUGUCAAUAUACCUAGUGACACAGUCACGUUUGACUUUGUUCACGACAAUUAUCACGUUCCGUCUGACACCACGACCUACUCGUGUCGAGCAUUUAAGUUACCUCCCUUGGCUUCAAAACAUCACAUGAUCAAGUACGAACCAAUCGUAACACCCGGGAAUGAACUUAACACUCACCACAUACUCAUCUUUAAAUGUCCUAAACCAGCGUCUGAACUAGCCUCAUACGAAGGCGCCACCUUUCGGUGCGAUAAGCACGCCACCGUACCGGAAGCACUUCAUGAUUGUAUUACCCAGGUCAUUGUAGCAUGGGCCAUUGGUGGAAAGGCGUUUUACUACCCCCCUGAUGCCGGGUACUCUCUCGGUUCCCAUGGUGAUCCAGAUUUCUUUGUGAUGGAGACCCAUUACGACAAUCCAAUGGCUAGAGCGGAUAUUGUCGACAGCUCCGGUAUCCGAAUCACCAUGACACCCACACUCCGAACACAUGACGCCGGACUUCUACAAAUCGGAUCAGCUGUUUCUAAAAACCAAGUUAUUCCUCCUUUUGAACCCGCCUUUGUCUCUCAAGGGUUUUGUCCCUCUGGAAUUCUGGGGAAGGGAGUACCAACAGAGGGAAUAGAAGCCUUCGCUAUUCUACAACACUCCCAUCUCUUGGGGAAGGAAAUGAUCACACGUCACUAUCGGAACGGAAGGGAACUCAAACCAUUGGCAACCGACAAGCAUUACGAUUUUGACUUCCAAGAUAUGCGCUAUCUUCCAAAGAAAAGAAAGAUAUUCCCGGGUGACAAGCUGGAAGUGAAGGACACCAGGCACAAACGGGAGCUAACCUUUGGAGGUCUCUCUACCGAAGAGGAGAUGUGUUUGUCCUUUAUCGCCUACUAUCCACGUAUGCACCUGGAGUUAUGUAAAAGUUUUCCACUCUAUAACACCGUAACACCUGAUUAUACAAAAAUUGUGCCUAUUCUCAAAUCAUGGAACUGGACGGACCCAACAGUUCGGUCAAAGUUCAGGACAGCUCUAGACAACUCAAUGUAUUAUCACGAUGGUUAUGGAGACACUCAAAACGUCAGCUAUGUUAAGUUUCGAAGUUGUCUGAGAAAGAGAUCACGUAAAAAGAUGGCUUACCUUGUACGGUUAGUUUUUGCUGGAUGGCUGACCUUCGUUUUGGUGAACGCAACAGACACGCUAUCAAAGCCGACGCCAACACGCCAUUUUGACCAUUAUGACCAGCUGGAUGCCACUGGCCAGUACUGGCUAUUUUGGACGGCCAAUGACACUCACGUGACAUUUGAGACUCACGUGAACACGCAGGGGUAUGUUGGAUUCGGAAUCUCACCGAAUGGCAAGAUGUUCCCCGCCGACGUCAUCGUGGGCGGGGUCAAGGACGGCCAAACCUACUUUAAGGAUUAUCACACUACCCAGCAUGCCCCGCCAACAGUUGACCAAUCACAAGACUGGUUUCUCAUCGCUGGUAAGGAAACUGCUUCCGGUACUGUUCUCACCUUUGUGCGCAAACUCAACACAUGUGAUACUGCUGACGACAUAGUUAUUACGAGUGACACCACUCGGAUUAUCUUCUCCUACCACCCAGAAGAUGUGACAGGUGGCAUUCCCUACCAUGGCGCCACCAGGCGGGGAACAAAGAGUGUUAUGUUAUUGUCUUCCUCUUUGACAGCCGAUGACGUCGGUUUACCGAGCGAUAUAACUACAUACGAUUUAGUCCAUGACCAUUACCACGUUCCAGCAGUGGGUACGACUUAUUCAUGUAAAGCCUUCAAGUUACCUCACCUGGACUCCAAACAUCACAUGAUCAAAUAUGAACCGGUUUUGACACAUGGGAACGAGUUGAACGUGCACCACAUCGUCGUCUAUAGGUGUGAUAAGCGGGCUUCUGAAUUGGCGUCGUACAAUGGCUCAGUAUUUCAGUGCGAAACAGCAGAUACUGCACCGAUACCACUUCGUGGUUGUCUCUCCAUGGCCGUAGUAGGAUGGGCCGUCGGUGGAGGGGCAUUUUACUAUCCCCCGGAUGCCGGUUACUCUUUCGGCGCUGCAGAUGACCCGGAUUUUCUCGUCAUGCAAACUCAUUACGACAAUCCACUCAGGAAAUCAGACAUCGUAGACAGUUCUGGUAUCAGGAUCACCAUGACACCAACACUCCGAAGACAUGAUGCCGGUGCCCUAACCAUUGGAGUAGGAGUAUCGAAAAUGCAAAUAAUUCCACCUAUGGAAACAGCCUUUGUCUCCAAAGGAUUUUGUCCUUCGCAAUUUUUAGAAAAAGGAAUACCGCCAGAGGGCAUACACGCAUUUGCCAUUCUACAGCACUCCCAUCUAUUGGGCAGAGAAAUGAUUACUCGUCACUACCGGAAUGGCAGAGAACUAAAACCUUUGGCGAUCGACAGACACUAUGAUUUUAACUACCAAGACACACGUUACCUGUCAGAGGAAAGAAUGAUCUACCCGACUGACAAACUCGAGUUGAAUUGUGUUUAUGAUUCCAGCAACAGACAAAACAUUACAUACGGAGGAUAUUCGACGCACGAGGAGAUGUGUGAGGGAUUCAUUUUGUAUUAUCCACGUAUAAAGCUUGACGUUUGCGGCAGUGUGCCAAUCUACAAUACCAUAACAAGCAAUUUUACCGUACUGUUUCAUAUGAUUCGCUCAUGGGAUUGGGCUGAUGCUGCUGUUAGGGAAAAGUUCAGGACAGCGCUUGACAACUCACAACAUAUACACUUUUCUAUUGGAGGCACCGCGGCAGUAAAUGCACGAUUAACGUCAACAGACAACGCAACAAACUACCCGUAUGUAGAACCCAAAGAUACGACAUGCCAGCACCUGCCCGCUCCUGUUGUGGGUCGGAAGUGAUGUUGAUGACGACCCUGAAAUGAAAGGACACAAUCGCAGUUGCCCUGAGUCUAGACCUGUUGAAAUGUAUCGUAUAAACAGACGUUUAAACUGAUAACGAAGCAUGUUCAGGUUUCUAAAAAUAGAUUAGAUUUAACGAAUAGCGUUGUGUAUUGUCAUUGUGAUUGUAAAAUAUAGAAUUUGAAAAAAAAUGUACUCACUCCAAAUUAAGGUUUUGCAGUAAAUGAAAUUGAUUAUCACCAUA